AUGUAUCUCCACACAAACAAAACAACAAUGAGUGUGCAGGCCGCACACGACAAGCCUCUACCGGCACCGCCGUCGCCGACUCUCACAAACCCGGACAUGGUGCUGCCGAACAUGUUUGUGCUGGACGUGGCAGACGGAGUGCACCACGAAACGGAAGGACCGCCGUCGCCCUCGUACCUGCAGGCUCAAACGACGCGCACGCUGGGAAACAAGAGGAAGUCGCGACCCAACCUCCGAGCACCUUCCCAAUCGCCUCUACAGAGCUUUGGCUCGUCGCCGACGCUCAAUGUCGACAAUUCGUCAUGGGAAGAGCGACGACUGAGUUAUGCGGCCAGCAGCAUCCUGACCGACGACCUCGAGCACAUGCAAAUCCCCCGCUUCGAGUCGAGCCUGGACUCGGACACGGAGACACUGGACGAAGACGACUUUGACAUUGACACGCCCAGCGAAUUGUCCUACGGCGACGUCCUCAAGACGGAGCAGUCCAACGUCACGCUCAUGCGCGCCGAGCUGAUUCUCGCCAACGCAAAGAAGCGCCUCAAUAACCUACGAGGAGCCCGCGAAAUCGUCACACCCUUGACAGCCGCCAACCUCAAGCGAGCCACGUCGCUGACCACGGGUCCCGUACGCAACACGUCCUUUUCCCGUCCUCGCUACCUGCCACACAAUCCUCACUCGUCCAACACCCAGCACAUGCGUGUGCUCAGCGACUCGGAUGUCCAACAACCCGACGAACGCCGCUACAUGUCCCUGAACAUCAACUCGACGCCCUCAUGGACCACCAAUCCCGUUCGGAACACUCGCAGCUCCGAACUGCUACGCUACCCUCGCAGCCCGCUGAGCCCCGAUCCUCAACUCGAUACUGUCUCCGAGGAGCAGAGCGUGCGAAGCCAGACGUCGGCACACAACUUGCGCGAACAGAUGAUGCAGUUGAGAGGCAGGAUUUCUACACUGAAAGAGAGGGCCCAAGAAGAGAACCUGAGGAGAAGGAGCACAAACAACCUGCGAGACACUUGUCUUCUGAACAAUGCCGACACGUCUCCUGGCGCCACAGGCUCACCCAGGCCGAGACUUGCCCGCAUCACAAAGACGAGCAAUGUACCGGGCGCCUGGGUGUCUGCUCAGACCAUUGACGACCACGACAACGACGACUCUGUUGCAGAAGAAGAAAUAGACGAUGAAGAAGAAGACGACGACGACAAUUACACCCUCCCGCACUCGGGCUCAGGCAGCACAGAUCGUACCUCUACCCCUACCACGACAACGACCGACAACUCCAACCCCAUGAGUCUUUACGAGGACGCCCCUGAAUCUUCGGUCGUGUCGGGUCCACGCCACGAAGACCGCGAUGACGCCUUUGACUACUCCAAGUUCUUCCUGCACUCUGCGACGGGUAGCUUCGAGCCCAACACUCCCACUCGCCACACCCGGAGCACAUCUUUGAGCUCCUCCGACUCGUGUUUGACCGCCCGCGCAUACCCCGGCAACCAAGAGCUUCCUACCACUGGUGCCGAAGAGGAGGAUGAUCUACAACCGCCGCCAACUCCCGAAACGCCAGAAGCACUCCGCCACAUCGAGGAGGUCAAGCUUCCUUCCCGUGCCCAACACCGACGAGGUCUGUCCGCCGAAUCUCUGGCGACGAUCGCCACCUUCGAGACUGCCGACGAAGGCCACCAAGCCUCAAUCGCUCAAUGGCUGUCCCGCUCCACUUCUGCCUCGUCCAUCCACAACCUCAACGACCUGCCGAAACAACCCAGUCGAAACCAUCCAUCCGCCCAAGCAGCUCUUCCAAGCCCUGUUUUGCCCUCCACAUACACUCCUGCAUCUGCUCAGCAGGCUCAACAAUACAUCUCCAUCUCUCCCUCCGCCAUCACCAUGGCUGUAUCCGCUCUACUGGAUCCUACCAAAGGACAAGGGCUAGGAAGCAAAGACGAAGCUUUAGUCUACACUCUUGUCGAAAGCUUACGCGAAGUGGUUGGAGAACUACAACUCGGUGCUGGUGGCGAAGAGAGAAGGAGAUGGUUGAGGAGGCGUCUUGAUGAGGCGAGAAGAGUCUUGGAGGGCGAAGACCUUGAGAGGUGA